AUGAAUUCAUCACAAGAUAUACUAGCAAAUAUUAUAUUAAAUAGAGAAUCAGAGUUAGAGGUCGAAAAACCAGAACACCAAGUUAAUAAUUCUCUUGGAAUUGAAGAAACAAAACAUCAAGUUAAUAAUUUACUUGAAGAAUUAGAGCACCAGCAUAACAAUUCACUCAAAAUCGAAGAAUCAGAAUAUCAAGCAAACAAUUCAUUCAUUAAUUUCUUGGAUGAAAUUAAGGAAGAUUAUAAACAAGGGAAUCCUCAAUUAUGCAUAGCAUUUAACAAAUUCUCAGAAAGAUAUAAAGCUGCCAAAUCGCUAUCAAUUUUAUGGUUGACUACUUUUUUCUAUAAUAUUAAUUAUACUUCGAUCCUUUGA